CCACGCGCAUACUUUUGUAACAGCGGAAGUUUGAAACAGCACAUUGCGAAACCAAAGUCAACUGAAGGAGCAUGAUGACGACUCGGUUAUAGGAAUCAAUACGAUAUUGCAGUUGACGGGUAAAUAAUAUAUGUCACCAUGGGAGGAAGUAACUCAACUCCAGUUGCACCAAAGGUACCACAGAACCCAGCUUCUCCACCAGCAGAAUGUCCAAUGCAUAACAAGGAUGCUAAGGAGAAAGACAUGAAUGCUAACAAUGUGGCACCACAGAAUUAUCCUAGUGAAUGUCCUAUGCAACAAGCAAACAGUAAACCACAAACCGCGCCACAGAGUUACCCUAGCGAGUGUCCUAUGCAUCAAGGAGCUGCUGAUGGUCAGAAGACACCACCUAAUGACAUUGAUCCAGCUAAUAUGAUGCCACCACCAAACCAGCGCCCUGCACCAGAUCAACCAUUUCCAUUAGAAAAGGACAGAAUCAUUUCUGGCAUUCCUAAGGCAGGCACGAAAGACAACUGGGUUUACCCAUCAGAGCAGAUGUUUUGGAAUGCUAUGUUGAGAAAAGGUUGGAGGUGGAAGGAAGAUGACCUGGAAGCCAAAGAUAUGACUGACAUUAUAAAAAUUCACAAUGCCAAUAAUGAACAAGGCUGGAAUGAGGUCCUUAAAUGGGAGGCUCUCCAUGCAAAAGAGUGCACUACACCAGCAUUGAAGAAAUUUGGAGGCAAGGCCAAAGACUUCUCUCCAAGGGCUAGAAUAAGGAGUUGGAUGGGAUACGAGUUACCAUUCGAUCGCCACGACUGGAUUGUGGAUAGGUGUGGCAAGGAUGUACGCUAUAUUAUUGACUAUUACGAUGGUGGAGAAGUAGAUAAAAACUUCCGAUUUUCAAUUUUGGAUGUUCGACCUGCUUAUGACUCAUUUGGUGCAUUUUAUGACAGGACCCAUGUGUUCUUCAUGAGACAAGGAUUCGCAAUGAUGGAUUGGUUCUCUGGAUCAUCUCCUUCUUCAGACAAUGCAAAAUCUGAUUCAGCAACCGAGAAAAAUUCAUGAGAUGAUAACUAAAGACAGUGUGUGGUUAAUUUAUUGCAAAGUCUAAAAUUGUGUUAGCUCAACACCCAUCAGUACUUUUUAGACAAAUUCAGGGUUUCAAAACAUUUUGAAAAUGUAUGUUGACUGGUAAUGACAUUUUCUUUAUUAUAUAACGUGAAGAGUUGUUAAGCUUUUGAAUGAGAUUUCUAAUUUAAGACCUUUAAAACAACACUUUUCUAGGUCUCAGACACUCUGUGUUUUUAGCUCACAGAGUCCAAACACCAAGUGAGUUUGCAAUUGUGCUACAUAAUAUGCUGUGAAGUGGCUUCCGUUGUCCCAUUGACAUAAACUUUUCCUUUAAACCUUAACCACAUCUUGUCAAGAACAACUGACAAGUUUUUAAGUCAAGAACAACUGAAAUGAUGUUUGGCAAAGGAAAUUCAACUUGUAUAUACAGAGGAUGAGGCCUUUCCAAACCCCUUCCCACUUGGGAGCAGAGGUGCAGGGCAUUAAAGUGGAAAUAUAGAUACAUUUUUUCAAUAUCCUUCACCUUCAUAACAGGUUAAAGGAUUUCAAAUUUGGUCCAAACAAUAGAUUAGAGUAAAAUCCUAUUCUUCUCUUUAUGGGAAGAAGUGGGCAAGUGGUUAAGACCACUGAAUAUCUAUUAUCACUAGGCCUCCACCACUGGUUCGCAGGUUUGAGGCCUACAUAGGGCAGUCAUAAGGUACAUACACUCUCGGUUUCUUUCUUUUCACUGCCAAAACCUGGCAUGUCCAAAUGACCAUAGCUUUUAAUUGCAAGCACACACAAUCCAAAACUUCAUGGAUGAAUGGAUAACCCAAUUGGGUAUUAUCUAUGGCAUCAAAACUUAACAACUGAAGGACAGUAAAACUGGUUUUCAGCAAAUCACAGGGAACCUAAAUGCAGUAAAACAAGGUUUUGAUGAACUUAAUGGAAGCUAGGAAAUUGUUUAGUGUUUUUGAGAUAAUUCAAUGCCAACGACCAUAAAAUGACUCUUGUCAAAUGCAUGAUUUUGUAUUGUUUGUUUGUAGUGAACUGGCUUUACUGUAUCACAGAGUUCAAAGUUAAUAUUAUAUACCUGUGCUUAUUCUGUUUUCAUUUUCUAGUGUGAAACAAGGCCAGUAGUUAAAAAAAUAACAGUAUUCUUAUUUCACAACCAUAUAUAUAUAUGAGAUUGAAAAAACAAUUAUGUCCAUGGGUGUAAAAUAAAAGGAAUGUAAGUUGAAUCAACAAAACUUCUUUUUCUUUGUCCAUUUCAAAGCAUUAAAGGGGCUAUUCAGUCAAAUAACACCCUUAAAGGGACAAUUUGGUGAAAUAUAAUUUUUUUAUAAUCUUGUCACAAAAUUCUUCAGGAUAAUAUAAAUUGAUACUCCAUAUGAACAAUGACAGUAAAAAAUUCCACGAGUGUCAAUAGAUAUUCAACUGAAUUUGAUAUUGUCGUAAAUAAUGUCACUAACUGAAAAAUAUCCAGGUAUUUGAAGCAUAUUGUAGAAAAUCUUGCCUAUGCUUUUAGCCAAAUACUAGGUUAUUUCAUCUUGCUUUUUCAAUAUUGUUUUUCAGAAAACUUUCAUAAGUUAACCCAAUUCUGGAUUUGAUGUGAUAUUAGUACUUUAAUUUAGUCCUCUUGUGUCUUGUAGAUGGUAACAUAUGCAUGUUGCUGGAAUUAUUUUUGGUUCACUAAAAUCAAAAAUAUUCUUGACCUUUGUCUUGUACAGUGGUGUAUAGUAAAUUUCCACCAUAGCUCAUAGGCAUAAGAAGGAUCCUUUCCGUUUGCAAAGACAACCCUUUAAAAGUAUACAUAGAUGUCAUCUUCCUUAAAAAUUGAUGUUUUCCAAGAUUUGUGUAUUUGAUAGUGAAAACCACGAUAAUUGAAAAGUUACUGACUUUGGUGGUAAUAUGAAGCUUAUGAAUGUCUACCGGCAGGUAGAUCACUCUUUAAGUUUUAGGUCAUGUUUUCUAUAGGUAACAGAUGUCACAUGAACAAUGUUGUUCAGGUUAAGGAGACUUAAAGCAUGCCAUGUUAAAGAGUCCCCAAUCGCUUGAAAGUGUAAACAAGGGCCUUGACAAAGCCUUUUAUUUGGUUUUACGUGAUCUGUACAAGCACUGCAUAUUUGUAUACAUGUCUAUCACAAAGUUCCUCGAGGGAACAUAACAAAAUAAAUAGCAACAGACACUCUACAUCCAAGUUUUCGUAUUGAUACACUGUACAAGACACAAGUUUAAAUGAUAUUUUUUUCCACAGUGUACCGUGAAUAAUUGCAGUAACUCUACAAGAUACGAGGACUGAAUUGAAGUACUGACAUUACAUACAAUCUAUAAUUAGAUAUAUUUUUUUUAUCCCUGAUGAAAGCUAAGCCUGAAAGUUUGGAUGUACAGUGACUGUUCCUGUAUACUUGGUUCAUCAUGCAACUGACCUGGAAACUAUCUAACCACUAUAACAGUAUCAUCCAGUGUGUACAUUUUGUAAUUGACCUUAAAGCUGGCUUAUCAGCGUAGCAGUAGAAUCAUCCAGGGUGUAAUUUACCUAGCAAACAGCUAACUGUUAUAGCAGAAUCUUCCAGUGUUACUGACCUAAAAGCUGGCUUAUCAGCGUAGCAGUAGAAUCAUCCAGGGUGUAAUUUACCUAGCAAACAGCUAACUGUUAUAGCAGAAUCUUCCAAUGUUAUUGACCUAAAAGCUGGCUUAUCAGCGUAGCAGUAGAAUCAUCCAGGGUGUAAUUUCCCUAGCAAACAGCUAACUGUUAUAGCAGAAUCUUCCAGUGUUACUGACCUAAAAGCUGGCUUAUCAGCGUUGCAGUAGAAUCAUCCAGGGUGUAAUUUACCUAGAAAACAGCUAUCUGUUAUAGCAGAAUCAUCAAGAAUGUGAUUGACCAAAAAAAAAAAACACUUAACGCUAUAGCAGAAUCAUC